AUGUCUACUCUAUCGACAUCUGAGCCAAAUGCUCAGAAUCUUGUGAUGGGUACAGCUCCAGAAUCGGGUGAGCUUCCAGCUGGACGCUUCGGAACUAUCUUCCUGGGUUUCAUGGGAAAUUCUUUGUUGCCGAUCACGGUCAAGAAAUACAACGGAGUGCGUCGUGAGAAGGGAAGAGGAGUCUCCAUCACCAAGAAUCUGAGCAUUCGUCACCCAGAGGCGCCGACAAAUUACUCGGUUGAAAAACUCACCAAUCUGGUUCAAAUCGUAUUGGAGGAGCCGAAGAAGUCGUUGCAUGAUGACAUCGCCUUCCAUACUAUGUACUAUGACGAGCAAAUCAAAAUUGUCACAUGCCAGGUAGUCAAAGCUUUGGAUUACUUGCUCACCCAAAACAUUUCCCAUGGAUUCCUUCAUACGAAGAACAUCUUCAUUGACAAGUACCAAUUGGUAAAAAUCACCGAUGAGCAAAGCGAUGACAGUCUCCACGACGACAUGUCGGUUCAGAACAUUCAGUUCAUUGCGCCAGAAUUGGCUGCACAGGAGUACACCAUCACCCCAGAGUGUGAUAUUUGGAGCCUUGGAGUGAUCAUGUUCGUGAUGGCCACCGGCUGCACACCAUUCAAUGGGGAGACUUUUGAAAUUUUCAUGUGCAACAUCCAAAAUGGAAGCUAUCAGCUCCCAGUCAAGUGUUCCGAUAAGGUCCGCGAAUUGAUCCAAAAUAUGAUCAAGGUGGAUGCUUCCGAGAGGCUCAAGUUGGUGGAUCUCGUCAAGGAUGAGUGGAUCGAGAUGUGCUCCUUCUGGCCAUGUCUUGUAAAUUUCGAUGAGUGCAUUCAACUCAACCUGGUUAAGAAACCAAAAUCUGCUGGUGGAUUCAUGGACGGCCACAAACUUGGUUUCUUGUCCAAAUUGGCUUUGACCAGCAGCCAGCACGAGGUCGAAAUGGAGAAAAAAUCGGAGCAACCUGAAAAGGAAAUUCUUCUGGUCCCACCAAAGCCACUUUAUCCAAAAAGCGAGUACUGGCUUCCAAACAAGUACAACGUCACUUUCAAUGUGUUUGCCGUGGAGAACAACCGUGAGGAGUGGGAUCCAAAUGUCACUCGUAUUGAGAAGUGUAAAAUGAGCGGCGGACUGGUUUGCAUCAGAGUUGUGAUUCCAGCACUGGAGGAUCCAGAGCCAGAACUUGCCGAGCGAGCACAGGAGGUCGUGGUCGGUGACUACGCUCUCUUGGACUUCAAGCGCGACGGAACCACCAUUGCCAAGACUGGAUGCAUUGCUCAGUUCAAGAACCGACGUGAGGCUACUGACCACUUCUGCCGCAUCGAAGCAGAGCGCAUCUGGAAUCAUUUGGAUAUGUCAGUCUGUGGCCGUUGCCGUCGCGCUGGAACCGACGCUGGUAGUCAUGAGAAGGAGACAUGUCUUUACAAGAUCUUCGCCGAUGCUGUUGAAACCAAAGAAGUCAUUUUCUGUCACCAAGACGACCGCUACCACAUCAAGAGCUUCAACUUGGAGUUCCGUCGUGAUGGAGGCCGUGUUAGUCAUCUCAAACGUAUCCAACGUCAUGCUAACAAGAUUGUCACCACCGUCGCAUCCGGAUGCCAGAAGUUGGUCUCCAGAAUCCGUCGUCGUCGUAUUCAAAACUAA